CGUCACCUCGUCUUCCUAGUGUCUGAAAGUUCUAAUUACUCAAUCGAACCGAUACUCCAAUAUCAUACAAUUCUCCUCCUCAUUACUUCACUCCGUGUCCAUUUCGUCGUCCCCGCUGUGCUGAUACCUCUUGCCGUUUACCAUUGCCUCAAAUACAUCAUCUUUCACUCGUCCUGUAGUCUUAUAGUGCUAUCUGCUACCAUGUAUGCUACACUUACUUGUCACCCUCCGCUAGGCCAGACUACGGUAGUUGGCCCUGAGAAGGAUUCUGUGCGGUUCACGGUGCUCCUCGAGAGCUCGGCUGGCUCUCAAAAAGAUUGGGAAGUCGCUCUAUGGCACAAUUUCGAGAAUGACGACAAGUGGACAAGCUCGAGUCUCACGUCAUCUCCAGAAACAACUUUGACGGCAACAAGAUCAAGUAGCACAGAUGUGCGACAGCAGUUCUUUACUAUCGAGCUCCCUGGGCGCCCGAAGAACCACAGCUCACUGUCUUACACAUUCACGUUCCGAGCAGCAAAGGACGAAUCUUGGAAAUGGGCUAAUGAGCAACUUUCUACGUCGGACGGUCGUAUCCUUUACCAGUCAGGGGGAUCGUUGAACGAUGAUUUAACGCAUUACAUUGAAGGGCUACCGUCUUUUCUCCAGAUCGGAAAGGAGCAGAGUGAUUCACCUGAGACACUCCUAUGGUCUAUCACCAGCCCCGUUAACGCGGCGUCUGGUACACAAUCUGGCCUCGCCACCAAAACACUGGGCAGGCCGACAUCCUAUUCGCGUUGGUUUGCUUUAGUACGAUUGUGGAGCCCGUGGCUUGCUCCGCGACAUGGCCGAGAUCGUUUCCAGCCCGAUAAAGAGGCUAUCUUGUCAGCCUUUGAGCGCGAUGAUGGUUCUCAUCUGGUGGUACUUGCCGUGAGUGGUGUGGAUAACGUUAUGACGACUUUGCAGCAUGACGGUGAGGGGAGCAUCACCAUCAUAUCUGUGAAUGAUAGUGAAAAAGAUGGUAUCUCCCGGCUCGUUGCUGCAGUAGGUAAGUCGUUGGAUCACGCCGUGGCAGCUGUUAUGUACCACGCACGCAGGCUUGUGAUGCAGUACGGGGUUGUGCCUGCAGAAAUUGACGCCGAGAUGAAGACAUUGGCCGACGACUUCAAACCAGAAUGGUUGGAAAAUUGGUAUGAUGGUCUUUCUUAUUGUACAUGGAAUGGUCUUGGACAGCAUCUCAACGAACAAAAGCUAUUCGACGCUUUGGAAUCACUAUCGAAACACGAGAUCAAUAUCAGUAACCUGAUCAUUGACGACAAUUGGCAGUCUCUGAAUCAUGAAGGCGGUGAUCAGUUCAACAACGCGUGGAUGGAGUUCGAAGCGACGAAAAUCGGGUUCCCGCGCGGUCUCGAAGCCACCGUGAGCGACAUUCGCAGCAAAUAUAAACACGUUCGGCACAUCGCAGUUUGGCAUGCUCUCUUCGGCUACUGGGGUGGCAUUGCACCUGAAGGUAAGAUAGCUCAAGAGUACAAGACGACUGUUGUUCAGAAGAAGAAGGGAGUAUCUGGGGGAAAGACGACAGUAGUCGCUGAGGAAGAUGUGGGCCGCUUCUACAAGGACUUCUACCAAUUCCUCAGCUCGGCAGGUAUCGAUUCAGUCAAGACAGAUGCCCAAUUCUUCCUGGACGAGCUCGAAGAUGCCACCGAUCGUCGACAGCUUAUUCGCUCAUACCAGGAUGCAUGGAACAUCAAUCAACUUCGAUACUUCUCUGCGAGAUCAAUUUCUUGCAUGUCACAAACACCACAGAUAAUUUUCCAUUCACAGCUUCCUUCCAACAGGCCCCGAAUCUUGCUUCGCAACUCGGAUGAUUUCUUUCCUGAAGUCCCCGCGUCGCAUCCUUGGCAUAUUUUCUGCAAUGCGCAUAACUCGAUUUUGAACCAAUACCUUAACAUUCUCCCUGACUGGGACAUGUUUCAGACGUCGCAUGACUAUGCGUCCUUCCAUGCGGCUGGCCGAUGUGUGUCAGGAGGUCCCAUAUACAUCACCGACGUUCCAGGACAACACGACAUUGAUUUGAUCGCUCAAAUGACCGGAAACACUCCCCGUGGCGACACGGUUAUCCUUCGACCUCAGACGGUCGGCAAGAGCACUGCGGCCUACAAUUCAUAUGAUGAUCCUGUGCUCCUGAAAGUCUCGACCUACGUUGGUUCGGCGCACAGCGGAGUCAGCAUUUUAGGUGUUUUCAACUGUACCCAACAACCUCUUGUUGAGUUAGUGGGGCUGGAUGCAUUCCCUGGAGCGGAGAAGGGCAUGUAUAUUAUCAGGGACCACACCAGUGGUCAGAUCACCAAGCCAACAAGCAGUGAUACUGGCAACGCAUUUGUCCAUCUGGAACUGCCCACUCGAGGAUGGGAAAUCUUGUCCGCCUUCCCACUCCAGCAGUUCAAGCUGCAACGCCAACACCCAGCAAAAGGUCCAGAUGACAUUACAGUGGCCAAUCUUGGCAUCCUAGGUAAAAUGACUGGACCGGCUGCUAUCAUCAAUAGCAGCAGCAACAUCGAUAUCGAAUCAGGCAGACUAAGAAUCUGGACGUCUCUCAAAGUGCUCGGCACAUAUGGACUCUACAUAUCCAACCUCAAGGAACGUAAUCUGGAAGAUGACUUUUUCGCGGUUAUCUUUGGUCGACCAAUCCCCUUCCAUUGCAUUAAAAUCAGCGAUGUCUGCGAUGAAAUUCUCGAGAUUGACACGGUAAGGGCUUGGAAGGAGACCGAUUCUAAAGCGUCUUGGAGCAAUGAGGUGGCUGUGGAAGUGGUUAUUCGAUGAACAAGGAAAUACUUGAUAACAUCUCGAAGUGGUACACGUUAUGUUGACUCUUUGAUGCAAGUUUCCUUCUUUGACGCCAUCUAACAGGCAAAGGUUUGCACCUGCUCGAUAUCAAUAAAACAACAAAGACUGACAAAUUCACCAAAUAAAGGCUCUUUCAGCUAGUUUGACGCUCUUUCAUUGACG